GUCGGUGCUGAACUGCUGAGUCGCUGACUGCUGCCUCUUUCCUCCCUGUUUCUCUCUCUCUUACACCCUACCACGUUCCUGUUCUUUCCUCAAAUCUCCAAUUUCACUCCUUUUUCAAACUCUCUCAAAUACCCAUUUCUCCUUCAAUUCCUUACAAACGAUCCAUCCGACAAUCCCCUUUUAGAUCAUUUUCUCUCUCCUUUUAAUCCCCAUUUCCGCAAACAUGGGCCAAGAGGGUUUCACGGCCCAGAAACGGCCCACAGCCGUCACCGGCGGCGGAACUCUCCCGACCACCACACUUUCCUCUGGUGCCGGUGGGGGUAACAGGUCACGGGUCUUACCCAGAGGGCGGCAAAUCGCCAAGACGAUGAACAACAUAAAGAUCACUAUUUUAUGUGGGUUUGUGACCAUUUUGGUUCUUCGAGGAACCAUAGGGCUAAAUCUGGGAACAUCGAAGAUUGAUGCGGAGCGUCAGCAUCUAGAAGAGGAAGCGAGACGGGUAAUUGAAGAGAUUCGGACUGACGGGGCUGAAGCCGAUGAUGAACCUGAUUAUAACCUGAAUACCACCUUUGUUUUCGGGCCCAAGAUUGCAAAUUGGGAUCAGCAGAGGAAGGAGUGGCUUGAGUUGAAUAAGGAGUAUCCGAAUAUUGUAAAUGGGAAACCUCGAAUUUUGCUGGUAAGUGGGUCUCCUCCUAAUCCUUGUGAUAACCCAAUUGGGGAUCAUUAUUUGCUUAAGAGUAUUAAGAAUAAGAUUGAUUAUUGCCGACUUCAUGGGAUUGAAAUUGUGUAUAAUAUGGCUCAUUUGGAUAAAGAUCUUUCUGGGUAUUGGUCAAAAUUGCCAUUGAUUCGCCGGUUGAUGUUAUCACAUCCAGAAAUUGAGUGGAUUUGGUGGAUGGAUAGUGAUGCAUUGUUUACUGAUAUGGUUUUUGAGAUUCCUGUGAACAAGUAUGAGAAUCAUAAUUUAGUGAUCCAUGGGUAUCCUGAUUUGUUGGAGAAGAAGUCUUGGAUUGCUUUGAAUACUGGGAGUGUUUUGUUUAGGAAUUGUCAAUGGACAUUGGACUUGAUGGAUACUUGGGCGCCUAUGGGUCCGAAAGGGCCUACUAGGGAUGAGGCAGGGAAGGUAGUGACUGCAUUUUUGAGUGGGAGACCGUCUUUCGAGGCUGAUGAUCAGUCUGCGUUGAUCUACUUGUUGAUCUCGCAGAAGGAUAUUUGGAUGAAUAAGGUGUUUGUGGAGAAUUCGUAUUAUCUGCACGGGUUUUGGACUGGUUUGGUGGAUAAGUAUGAAGAGAUGGUGGAAAAGUACCACCCGGGUUUGGGUGAUGAGAGGUGGCCGUUUGUGACCCAUUUCGUGGGUUGUAAACCAUGUGGGAGUUACGCCGAUUAUCCUGUGGAGAAGUGUUUGAAGAGUAUGGAGAGAGCAUUCAAUUUUGCGGAUAAUCAGGUGUUGAAGUUGUAUGGUUUUAGGCAUAGGGGUUUAUUGAGUCCCAAUAUUAAGAGGACGAGGAACGAGACUACGACACCUUUGGUGUAUGUAGAUCAGUUUGAUAUUAGACAUGGUGGAUCAAAGUCAUGAUAUUCAACCAGAUUUUGGUAAUACAAGCUAACCAUGUUGGGUUCUGCUGAUUAUACCCAUGACUAGGGUGGCCUUGUAUGAGGCUAUUCUAUUCUGUUUUACAUGUUAUACGAUUGUCCCGGGACUUCAAAAUCCCUUGACAGAAAAGAAGAGAAAGUUAAAUGCUUACAGAGUUAUAGUCCAUAUAUUACUUUCUCUGUCAGGGAUAUGUGGAAUGGAAAAUUCAUGGUUUUGACUGACGAUCGAUAUUUAUUCUCAGUUUCUUAUUCUUUACUCAAAUUGUAUUCAUAUUUCAUGAAACGAAACAGUUUUUGUUACACAUUCUUGUAGUUUGCUUAUCACUUUUUCCGGAAAGAAAUUUAUGACUUACUACUUACUUUACUGGGUUAGUAACUUGCUAUUUUCUCUUCUUAAUGUACAAUUCCUGUAAUUUGAUCUUAUCUCGUCAGCUGGUA